GGGAGGCCCAGCCCCUGCCCCGCGCUGCCCACCGCGGGUGUCUCUCCCCGGCCAGGGACCGUGCGCUGCGCCUCGGCGCCCCCGAGUGGAGGGAGAGGUCUUAGAUCAGCACAGAAACUCGGAAGACAAAGACAAGUUCGACAAUGUCGUACAGACGAGAACUAGAGAAAUACCGUGACCUGGAUGAAGAUGAAAUCCUUGGAGCCCUAACAGAGGAAGAGCUUCGGACCCUGGAAAAUGAGCUGGAUGAGCUGGAUCCUGAUAAUGCACUGCUGCCUGCAGGCCUGAGGCAGAAGGAUCAGACCACCAAGGCGCCCACGGGCCCCUUUAAAAGGGAAGAGCUCUUGGAUCACUUGGAAAAGCAAGCAAAGGAGUUUAAGGACCGAGAAGACCUGGUUCCCUACACAGGGGAAAAGCGAGGAAAGGUCUGGGUCCCCAAGCAGAAGCCAAUGGAUCCUGUGCUGGAAAGUGUGACACUGGAGCCGGAGCUGGAGGAGGCCUUGGCAAAUGCCUCAGAUGCAGAACUCUGUGAUAUUGCAGCUAUCCUGGGCAUGCACACUCUCAUGAGCAACCAGCAGUACUACCAGGCCUUGGGCAGCAGCUCCAUCGUGAACAAGGAAGGACUCAACAGUGUGAUCAAACCAACACAAUACAAGCCUGUGCCCGACGAAGAACCAAAUUCAACAGACGUGGAGGAAACACUGGAGCGGAUAAAGAACAACGACCCGACACUUGAAGAGGUUAACCUCAACAACAUCCGGAACAUCCCCAUACCUACCCUCAAGGCGUACGCAGAAGCCCUGAAAGACAAUUCGUAUGUGAAGAAAUUCAGCAUCGUGGGGACACGGAGCAAUGACCCCGUGGCAUAUGCCCUUGCUGAGAUGCUCAAGGAAAACAAGGUGUUGAAGACACUGAACGUGGAGUCCAACUUCAUUUCCGGAGCUGGGAUCCUACGCCUGGUGGAAGCUCUUCCAUACAACACUUCUUUAGUGGAACUGAAAAUUGAUAACCAGAGCCAGCCCCUGGGCAACAAAGUGGAAAUGGAAAUUGUAAGCAUGUUGGAAAAGAACACAACGCUCCUGAAAUUCGGCUACCACUUUACCCAGCAGGGGCCCCGGCUGCGGGCAUCCAACGCCAUGAUGAACAACAACGAUCUUGUGAGGAAGAGGCGGCUCGCAGACUUGACUGGGCCCAUCAUUCCCAAGUGCCGGAGUGGCGUCUAGUGUGUGGCAGCGACGACCACGCUCUUGAACUGGACAUGUUCUACUGAUACUCUGUGCUCUGCAGUGGAAACCAGGAGGCAAAAUGCCGGCACAAAACCCUUUUGUGGUUCAGUUCUUUAUGCACUAAGGUUUUAGGUUAACUAGUGGUUGUAGUUGAAAAUUUUAUAAACUAUGGUUAAUGUGAAGUUUUUCUUUAGUCACAGGAGUUCAGUCUGGUUAUUAUUUAAAAACUAAGACGCCCCUGAACCGGCAGAUCUUACUGAUGAUGCUAUAGCAGCAGUGACUUACCCCCAAGAGCCUGGUUUGGGUGGCCUUGCUAUGUGGUGUUUCAGGAGUAUUUAAAAUGUGCAACCCAUGAACAAACAGCACACUCUUCCACAAGAUUUAGAAGCAUUAUAAAAUAUUUAUUACAAAUUUGAUCUUAUCUGGUUAGCAAACAGAUCAUAAUUCUUUAUUAACCCUCCUUUAAAUUUUAAGAACUUCGAGAUUAAAGUUGCCAAAUUGAUUACCAGAUCAAGAAUAUAAUUAUGCCCCUCGAGAAAGACAGAAAGACGGGAGCCACAGAGCUCUGCCAGGAAUCAUAGAACACGAGAGUCCUUUUGCUGGAAAUAAGGAAAUGACAGAAAAGCCAAUGGUAAGAUUUCAAGUUUCAAAAACCAAGCCCAGGCACCAGACAUCUCCCUGAGUGUUCCUUAUGAACAGCUGGGAUUUAAUUAUAAUCAAUACCGGCGUCAGAAAGAAUUUUGUCCUUAUCGAAUGCCAACCUUCUGAUGGAUGUGAAAACCUAUGGCCAAAUACUUGAAAACACCUUUCUGUGUUGCACCGUGGGCUAACGGCUUAUGAGGUCAAACAUUAGAGGGAUGCAUUUCUCGUCCACCGUGGUUAUGCUGACAAACUUCAACGACCUGUGGUCGCACCUAUUAGACAAGUCAUUGCUAACCUCAUGCCUGUAAAAGUUAAAGCCUCUGGAGGCCAGUGGUGAAGAUCCAGAUAUUAAAGAAUUAGGAAACCCUGGCCAAACCGUCCCAAGAUGAUUAUUCUGAAAACAUAAUUUUGGUAUUUCUGCCGCCUCCUUUUUUUAACAUCAUGUGCACCUCUUGGGGUCCAGCAAAAAUGUUAAGCCACAGUGCCCUUGUGCCUUUUAAUAUACCACAGUGCCAGUUAAGCUACUAUUUCUGUUGCUUAGGGAGUUAUUUUCAUGAGUGAUUGGGCAAAUCUUAUGAUAAAGGACAGGCUAAAGAGCUGAUGAGCACAGACUAAGCUGCAGAGCACUGAGCAGAGGCUUUUGACAAUAAAGAGUCUUGCACACUGAACUGUGAUGACGUGGACAGUACAGGGUAACCAGAGGUGGAGCCAGGGCCUCACCACUAUGAAAGAGUGUCUCCUGAGGCUGCACAUGGGCCCAGGAGUGGCACCGUGCUGCAGGGACAGCCAUCCCCACCGGCUUCUCUUUGAAACACAAAUUGCAGCUCUAUUCUGCAUCACUGGAAACUGCAACAUAAUAUUAAAUCUGUUGGUCUAUGAA